UAAUAUUUCUUAUCAAAAAGAUAAAUUAUUUAACAUUUUUUGGAAAUAUCUAAUUAAAAUCACUUGUUUAAAAUGUCAGAUUCAAGUAGUAAUAAUAAUAAUUAGGACACUCAAUCAGUGGAGUUUAUAGAUAAAAUAGGUGAUCACAAUAUUAAUUCAUUUGCAAGCCCUGAUGUUCUCAUAAAAAAUAACGAUCUGGAGGACAAUUAUUAGAACAAUGCUAUUGAAGAGUUUUCAUAAGGCAAUAAUAUUGAUUCUAGAAACGAAUCAGUAAACAAAGUAGAUAUAUAAUCUCCUUAGCAAGAUUCUUCUUCAGAACCUCAUAAAAUUUAUAGACAAUAGAGCUAAGAUAGCUAAAUGAUGGUUGAGAAUAUUUAAUAGGGUGAUGUAAAAUCUAAUGAAUAACAUGAAGAUGAAGAUGAAAACAAUGAUUAAAAAAAUACACAAAUCGUUUAAAAUAAUGAAAAUUUAGGUGAAUUACAGUAAGAAGUAGUUUCUUGUAAAGAAAAUGAUUAGUAGUGUGAAAAAGACAAUAUAAGUUAGAUUAAAGAUGAUUAAUAAUUGCAAUCAUAAAAUGAAGAAGAUAAUACUUAGCAAUAAUAGAUUUUAAGUAUCGAAUAAGAAUAAAAUUAAAAUUAGGAUUAGCAAUUAGGAGAAAAUUAACAUGAAAAUGAUAGCAUUUAGGAAAAGCAAGUCAAAGAAGAAAUUCUAAGCCAGGCUUAAUCUCAAAAUUAGGAUUCAUCUUAAGAUGCUGAUUUGGAUAAACAAAAUUCCAAUUAAAUUAUCAAUCAAGAAAAAAUAGAAGAAGAGAAACCAAGUUAACAAACACUUCUCUCCCAACAGGAAAAUGCUGGUAUUUAAAACAAUGUUUAAUAGCAAUAAUAAAGUUAAUAGCUAAACAAUAACUAGUAAGACUAAACAUAAAAUGAAUAAAAACAAACUUAAGCAAAUUAAAUAAAUGAAAGUAGUAUAGAUGCUGAUACUUAUUCUGCUUAAAGAUAAUAUGAAUAUAUGAUGGAAAUGUAAAAAAGAUAAGCAGAGUUUUAGAGAUAAAUGGAGGAGUUAAAUCAGAAAUAUUAAAUUAAUUUUCGCAAAAUUAUUGAUGUGAAACAAGAAAGCUUAUUAGGAAAUUACAUUACAGGAUUACUAGCUAUAAAGAUGAAAUACAAGAAUAUUGACUCAAGAGAUCAGUACGGAAUGACUUUAUUACAUAAUGCUGUUCUCGGUAAUGAAAAGGAAUUGGUUUUAUUCCUUUUAAACAACGGAGCUGAUGUAAAUUUAUAGGAUGGUUGUAAAAGAACUGCAUUAAUGAUGGCAGCACAUGGAGGAAAAUCUUAGAAUAAUUAAAAUGAAGAACCAAAUAUUAAAAAAAAAUUUGAUGAAGAUAGUGAAGAAAUUAGGAAAGUGCUUAAAUUGCAUAGUUUCAAUAAAAUUUUUAAGAUUUUGAUAGAUAAAGGAGCUUGUUUUGCAACCAAAGAUGCUUUCUAAUUUUCAGCCAUGCUAUACAGUGUUUAAAAUUAAAAUUUGCAUAUUUUAUUUUACUUAAUUUAUCUUGGUGCUAAUUUACGUGAUGCAGAUAUGAAUGGUUCUUCCGUUGUUCAUUGGAAUGCUUAUAAGGGAAAUAGAUUCUUAAUGGAAGUUUUCCACUCUCUUAAUUUAGAUAUGUUUACUGCUGAUAACCAAGGUUUCACUCCUCUGCAACGUUCUAUUAUGGGUAUUUCUUACGAAACUGUUGAUUAUCUUGCUAGAUUAGGUAAUCCUGAAUAACUUCCUGAUCCCGAUGAAUUAGAAAGUGAUGGAAUUUCCUAUAAAAUCCCCAGUAUUUCUAUUCGCCACAAUCUCAAUAUGAUAAAAACUGAAAAACAGAAGUGGUACAAUAAACUUUUUGCAUGGUGGAGUUUAUAGUGCUCGAAAGGAGAAGAAUUAGGUAUACAUCCUGCUACUUAUUUUUUCCUUUUUACUGCUGGUAUUUUGUUUUAUUCAGCAUUCAGAUCUAUUUAUAAUCAAAAAAAUUAUGCUCUAUCAUAAGAUGCACAGAUAAGCUCAUUAUCAUUUUUUUAUAACAUUAUUUUCUUCAUUUUCAACUUCAUAUAUUUGGCAUUUUCAAUACGCUUUUGCAACACUAUGGUUAGUUACAAAAAUCGUAACAAAGGAGUUUAUGUCGUAGAUGAUAGUGCAAUAGAUCGUAAAAACUAGCUAAUUUUAGAAGAAUAAAGAAAUAUUCCUCCUUAUAUGAGUAGAAUCUUAAGCGAUAAAUAAUAAUUUGAAAGAAUUUAUUAGAGAAUGAAUUUUAAACAUAUAGAUCGUAUUCUUUAAGACUCACCAUAAUUCAGAGCCACAGUUAAUUAAGAAGAAGAACUGAAUAGAACUACUAUAACUGACCAUGCUGAUGAAGAAGCUUCAGUUGGACUAACUCAAAAAUCUGCAUAUAACCACCUCACUUUUAUUCAUCAAAUUGCAAUUCUUUUUGAAAACAACUACUUUACAAGCCUUGGUGAAGUAGACUUCAAAAGACUUUGCGGUAGUUGCUUAAAAUACAAACCAGAAAAAACUAAGCAUUGCUAUAUAUGUAAAGUAUGCGUUCCUUAUUAUCAAUUCCACUCGAUUCUUUUUAAUACAUGCAUCUGUGCUGAAAACCAUCUUUUAUACUUAUUACACAUCUUUUCUUUGUGGGUUUCUCUAUUUAUGUUUGUAGUAGUAUAGAAUACAAACUUUGGUCCUAUGCUUUAGUCGUGGUUAAUUUUUAAAUACGUUGAAAUACCAUAUCACAUUUGGUCAAAACUAGGUAUUUUCCAUAGUCUAAUUUACUUAGGUGUUUUGUUUGCCCUAUUUUAUAUCUCUAUUUAUUGCUCUAUUGAAUUAUUUGGAAUCUUUGAAAAUAAAACAAGAGAUGAAAUUCUAAAUCCUUUUGAGUAUUCCUAUAAUUAUGAAGUUAUUGCUGAUAAAAAUAGAAAUUUGGUAAAAGUAUAAAAGGGAAGAACAACAGGAAGAAUAGAAUAUUUAAAAGUAACUCUAAAGGCCUUCUAUUAUCGUACAUUUGUUCAUCUUAGAUCUAAAAGAUGA